AUGGCCAUCAGUCAUACCAGCAUUGUGGCCCUUUGCGGCUGCAUCUUUUUGCUACCUGGAGUGCUGGCCGGCUUUAACCCCAGCGCUACAGACAACAUUGCCAUCUACUGGGGGCAAAACUCCAUCAACCGCGCGGGCGGCCAGCAGCGGCUUUCCUCGUACUGCUCUAGCACGCCCUUCAACAUCAUCCCGCUCGCCUUCCUCACGUCUAUCAAGAACCCGACGUCUCUCAACUUUGCCAACGCAGGUGACAACUGCACCACCUUCCCAGGCACCCAGCUCUUGCAAUGUCCCCAGAUCGAAGAGGACAUCCAAACCUGCCAGUCCCUCGGCAAGACCAUCCUCCUCUCCAUCGGCGGAGCGACCUACACGGAAGGCGGCUUCACCUCGGCCGACGAGGCGACGACCUGGGCCAACACGCUGUGGAGCAUGUUCGGCCCGCCGACCAGCGAUAGCUCGGUCCUCCGCCCGUUUGGCUCCGCCACCGUCGACGGCUUCGACUUCGACUUCGAGGCGACCACGGCGAACCUGGCGCCCUUCGCCGCCGCGCUGCGGGCGAAUAUGGACGCCGCGAGCAGCAGUGGCGGCAGGCGCUUCUACCUCUCGGCCGCGCCGCAGUGCCCGUUCCCGGACGCCGCCAUGGGCGAGGCGCUGUCAAGCGUCGCGUUCGAUUUCGUCAGCGUCCAGUUCUAUAAUAAUUACUGCGGCGCGACGUCGUACGUGUCGGGCGCCGGUGGGCCGGGGAACUUCAACUUUGAGACGUGGGACAACUGGGCGAAGACCGUGAGCCCGAAUCCGAACGUCAAGGUGCUGCUGGGCCUGCCUGGGAGUGCGACGGCGGCGGGGAGCGGGUACGUCAGUGGGCAGCAACUGACGAAUGUGAUCGAUUACUCGCGGGGGUUUUCAAGCUUUGGGGGCGUCAUGCUGUGGGACAUGUCGCAAGUAUACGGAAAUGCCGGUUUCCUGGACAGCGUUGUUUCCGCUCUCGGAGGCCAGCUGCCAUCUAAGACCACAACGCCGACGACACUAACAACGGCCACCGCAACCUCCGCUCCAACAGGCUCACUGGUACCCCAAUGGGGCCAGUGCGGUGGGACCGGGUAUCAGGGGCCGACGCAGUGCCAGCCACCAUACCAGUGCGUCUCCGUCGGACCUUGGUGGUCCCAGUGCGAGUAA